UUCAGUAGCUCACCUGUCAUAAGAGAUAAUAGUCUACGAGAAGCCCAGUCGACACCAACCCAUCACCUUGGACAGCAGCGCAACCAGCGUGAACUGACAGAUGGUCCGUCAGUUCAGAGAGAGUACCGUACUCAGAAAACGGACCCGAAUUAGAAUCGGAACCACAGACAGCCCACUGGUUAGCGCAGAUCGGCCGCGGAUUCAGCACCAAUGUCGUGGACAGCGCCAUUGACGGAUCAAAACAAACCCGAAAUAUGUCUGUGUGGUUACUGUGGUUACGGUGGCUCUGCACUGUAUUCCAGCAUCGCUAUUGAUUUACAGAUACAUUUCGUCGCUUGCUUUCUACCUCAGACCUGAACACAGUCAACUUUAAGACCACGCGGUACUCCCAACAGGCAACAUCUGUCCCGUAAGCUAUGAACCGCGGCACUUGGCUUUCAGUCCAUUUCUACACGGGCAGAAGGUGAUGUGACUGACACACACACAGGAGCAGCUAGAAACACAAGACUCAUCCACACACACAACACAGCACCAUACCGAUAAUGACGGGUUGACGGUGAUGGGAUGCGAGAAGGGGAGAAGAUAUUAUUCCGCCGGUAUAUAUUAAACUGAUUUAUACCAUGAGGAAAAGUGGAGCUACACGUGCAGACAGUGGGAAAUAAGACGGCAAGGUGCUGCAAAAUGAAGACAGCAAUGCACCAUGGAGUAGCUGUGUUUCUCGUCAUCACUCUGUGCGCCAGCCUGUUCCUCGUCUACAACGCCGGUUUCCACAGUAGCACCACUGAGAGCGGGAUGGCGGGUGUGGCGGGGGGAUCCAGAGACAGGAGCGAUGCCUGGCAGACAGAGCAGCAGCAGAAAGCCUCAGUCAGACCUCCUCAUCCAGCAGAACUACAGGGGUACAGCAGCAUCAUCGACCACAAGCCUCUGAAAAUGCACUGCCGUAGCUGUGCGUUGGUGACCAGCUCCGGUCACCUGAUAGGUGGUGGUCGCGGCGAGGAGAUCGACCGGGCGGAGUGUGUGAUCCGUAUGAAUGACGCCCCCACAGUGAGGGGCUACGGUGGAGACGUUGGGCGCCGCACCUCGCUACGCGUCAUCGCUCACUCCAGCAUGCAGAGGGUCCUACGGAGCCGCCACGAACUGCUCAAUACAUCCCAGGACACAGUGUUUAUCUUCUGGGGGCCCAGUAGUUACAUGCGGCGGGAUGGGAAGGGUCUGGUCUACAAUAACCUGAGGUUGAUGAACCAGGUGCUGCCCAAACUCAAGGUCUACAUGAUCUCCUGGCAGAAGAUGCUGCUGUUUGACGAACUCUUCAAGAGGGAGACGGGAAAGGACAGGCGUAUCUCCAACUCAUGGUUGAGUACUGGUUGGUUCACUAUGACCAUAGCUCUGGAGCUUUGUGACCGGAUCAAUGUCUAUGGCAUGGUGGCUCCAGACCACUGCAGAGAGCCGCAGCCCCCAUCUGUACCCUACCACUACUACGAGCCGCUCGGUCCAGAGGAGUGUGCCAUGUACAUCAGCCAUGAGCGAGGCCGCAGGGGAAGCCAUCACCGCUUUAUCACAGAGAAGAGGGUCUUUGCCAGCUGGGCUCGAACCUUCAACAUCCACUUCUACCAGCCUGACUGGGAACCCCCGCCGCUGGCCCCCCCUAACCGCACGCAGGGGGAGACGGUCUCAGUCAGCAUACAUGACUGGCGACCGGGAAUGGAAGUUGGAUGGUGACAGUGAAUGCUGGGAAUGGAAGUUGGAUGGUGACAGUGAAUGUUGGGAAUGGAAGUUGGAUGGUGACAGUGAAUGUUGGGAAUGGAAGUUGGAUGGUGACAGUGAAUGUUGGGAAUGGAAGUUGGAUGGUGACAGUGAAUGCUGGGAAUGGAAGUUGGAUGGUGACAGUGAAUGCUGGGAAUGGAAGUUGGAUGGUGACAGUGAAUACCGGGAAUGGAAGUUGGAUGGUGACAGUGAAUGUUGGGAAUGGAAGUUGGAUGGUGACAGUGAAUGCUGGGAAUGGAAGUUGGAUGGUGACAGUGAAUGCUGGGAAUGGAAGUUGGAUGGUGACAGUGAAUACUGGGAAUGGAAGUUGGAUGGUGACAGUGAAUGCUGGGAAUGGAAGUUGGAUGGUGACAGUGAAUGUUGGGAAUGGAAGUUGGAUGGUGACAGUGAAUACCGGGAAUGGAAGUUGGAUGGUGACAAUGAAUGUUGGGAAUGGAAGUUGGAUGGUGACAGUGAAUACCGGGAAUGGAAGUUGGAUGGUGACAAUGAAUGCUGAUCAUCUGUGGAAAAGCUGUAACUCAGAUGGGACUGAGGACUGAGCUGGAGAUGGUGAUGGACAAGACCGCAUGAGACGGUCCAAAGUCUUCUGACCACAACUGAAUGGUCCAAACAGUAGGAUACUGACUGCACAUGGUCCUUCACUGAGGAUCGACCGUCCUCCUCUAGGCCAUCCGUCAUGGACAACUGGAAGGACCAAACACAGCUGGCUGGUCCAUAGGCUACUAACCACAACUAGUUAGAGCUGGAUGGCCGUAAGGGUUACCAACCAUUAGUGGUGCGCGAGUCAGCCACCGCCAGACUAUAUGUGAUAAAGUGAAAAUGUGAGACCCCACCCGACCCUAACCUAACCCCAACCCCUAACCCCAAACCCUCUAAUAUAUAAAAUGCACUGUAGGCUACAGUCAGGGAGGGUGGAUGUCUUUGACAGGGGGGGGUGCAGUAUUGUUUUAGCCUGAUUUCGAUGUAUUUCUGAUAAGAAUUUUGUUAGUCAACGUGUCUAUAAUUAGAUACAUGUAGUUUCUCUUCUGUCAUUAUAUGUUGCAGUAGAAGACUACAUCAACCAUCCCUCACCAGAACAAUGUUGUCUAUCGAUAGAAUGAACGCUUCUGUAAUGUUUUCUCUGUCAUCUCUGCUUCUUUCAUGGCGCCAAAGACCUUUAGAGACCGGGGAGAAAAUGCAAUAACACAAUAAAAAAUGGGAAAUAUUUUCUUGGCAGAAUUUCCAAAUGACAUCACUUUGACCGGGUUGUAAAUGGAAAUAAAAAGCUGUGAAAAUGA